AGCGUGGCAUCAGAACAGAGCCGGCCAGGGCUCUGGCUUCCUCCUCCAGGAUCAAGGGAAAUGUGGGAAGCAUGGUGCAGAAUCCGGGGCAGCUCAUCGCCCUGCUCACUUGCUGGGGAACAGAUAAAACGCCUUUCUCACCAUCCUCACAGGCAACACAGCAAUAGCAGCUGUGAGUCUCCUGUCUGCCCAAGAAAGUGCCCCCUCAUCAGCAAGCCGGCUCUCCUCACACCAGCUGGCAGGGGCCUCUCCCACCCCUGCGCUCCAAGCACACAUCGCUUCCACAUUCCUGUGACACCUGCCACAGUCAGCCUGGCAUUGCGGUGUCUGAGCACCUGUUGUUGCAUCUGUGCUGAAUCAGGCACUGUGAGAGGAAGGCCAGGCCCCGUGGACUUGGGUUCCCACUGGCACCUGGCAGGUUGCCCUGCAUUGGGAAGUGCUCGUUCCAGCCUGAAUGCGGACUUCAGGAAAGGGCAGCCCAACAUAUGCGGCAAAGCCAGUCAAGCUGAGCUGUCUCAGCAGAGCCUUUUCCGGUGGCUGCAGAAGCCGCCUCACAACAGCCACUGGCUGGUGCUUCUUCCUCUCUGUGUGGGAUGUUGCCUCUUACUCCUCUCGCAGUCCACCUGGCUCUCCUUGGCUUGGGCAGCCAUGGGCUGGGGCAGCAUCGCAUACCCUCAGUGGUCAGUUUUAUCUCUCAGUUCCCAAAAUGCUGCUCUUGGUUAG